AGCUUGCAAUUGCUUUUAAUAACAGAUUCCUUUCAGACAAAAGGGUGAUUCCUCCAAGCCCUGCCACCUUGGAGAGACGGAGUUAUUUCAAAAGCAUUAAGGGACCAAUGCUCCAUGCCUGCCAUGUGAUUAUUUUUAAAGUAAUUUUAAAAAGUAAAUUUCAAAUGGAAAUGUUUUGGAUGUGCUGGCUGAGUUCCCUGCUGGUCUCCCACCAUGGUGCCAGUAAGGUUGCUGCUGCUGGCAGCCUGCCUGGGCAGCACCCACUCCAGGAGCUAAACAUAGGUGCUGGUUGCACAAAGCACUUUGGCACAUGUUAAUUAUCCUGGUGCUUUUUAGGAGUCUUGGGUGAAAUAUGUGUUUUUAUAGCCAGUUUUCCACAUUUUUUUUAAGCAGCCUGGAGCAGAAGCCCUUUAAUUACAUUAAAAAUUGCCUCCCACCAGGACUGUCUGUUCCCAAGCCCUGAUGAAAUUUUAAGCUCAAAGCCAGGCACAUGCUCACUGCUUUCCUAGGCCAGGCAGCUUAGGACAGCAGGGGACAAUGGGAAGCAGGGCUAUCUCUGCCCUGAAUGCCCUGCAGGGCAGCCUCUCCAGCUGCUCCAGCCCCAUGGGAGUUGGGUAGGACAUGGGAAUCCUCACAAAUGCUGAUCUCUCUCUUUAUCAGAGGCUGCUGUGUUGGCACAGAACUGCAUGGCCGAGGCUGGAGCUCUGAAAGCAUCAAGUGGGAUUUGCAGCUCUCCUUGCCACUACAGGAAGCAAAGCUGCAUUCAGUGAGGAGUCAUUCCCUGAGCUGCUACAGCCUAGAUGUGCAGGAGCUUAGGGACCUUUGCUGAGGAGUGCAAGAAAAAUCUGGGAAAGAAGGAGCAGAGAUGCACUGGAGAGCUGGGUGGAUGAAAUCCAAGCAGGAAAUGAUAAAUAUAGAGACAGCAGCUAUGAGGAGUGUCCUGGUGUUUUUCUGCCUGGUGGGGAUGGCGUGCACCUUCUCGGUCAAGAACUGGCUGCUGCGACCCAGGUUGGACGACUCGGAAGAGAACGCGGUUUUCAAGAGGCAGCACCGGCACUACCUGUACAAAUACAUCUACGUGUAUUCCCCGCAGCGACGGUACCAGGGCAGUGACUCAUCUGAGGAAGAGGGGGAUGGCUCGGAGGAGGAGGGAGAGGGGGAGCCAUUUUAUGCUGGCACCAAGGCAGUUGGACACCCCGCUGGAGUAUCCCCUGAGGACUGCCAAGGUGCACUGACAGGAGAUGUCACAUCCCCCCAGCAGGGCAAGGGCUGCCAAAGGAUCGGGCAGAGGACUGCCAACAAGGAGGAAGACUCUGAAAAUGAAGACAGUGAUGAGAAUGAGGAGGAAGAGGAGGACGAAGAAGUAGAUGAGAAUGAGAAUGGUGUCAAUGGCACAAGCACCAAUACCACAGAGGGUAUUGGGCCUCAUGGCAAUGGCACUGUGGUGGCUGAGGAGGCCACUGGUGAAGCUGAGGAAGAGGAGGAAGGGGAAGAGGAGGAAGAAGAAGAAGAAGAGGAAGAGGAGGAGGAAGAGGAAGCUGAAGCCACCACCAUUGCAAGCACCACCAACGAAGAGGGUCUGACACAGGCGACCACUAUGGAUGAUGGGGGACCCACAGAUGCCACCACAGAUGCCACCACAGCUGGGGAGCUGUGGGAGUAUGAUGUGACAGCCAGGGACCACAGCCGGGGCGAGGAGGGCACCACUGAGGGUGGGUACGAGGAACAGGAUGAGUAUGCACGUGGGGACAGCUACCGGGCCUAUGAGGAUGAGUAUGGCUACUACAAGGGGCAUGGGUACGAUGUGUAUGGCCAGGAUUACUACUACAACCAGUGAGCAGGGGGGACAGCCUGCCAGCCCCAACCACUCAGGAAGGUGCAUUUGAAGGCUCCCUGGAGCCACCACAUGCCAGAGGGGAUGCCAGGCAUCUUGCUGUGCACACUGGCUCCAUCCCAGGCUUUUUUUUUUUUUUUGUAUCUUGCAAAGUGAAAUGAAAUGAAAUGAAAUGAAAUGAAAUGAAAUGAAAUGAAAUGAAAUGAAAUAAUGAAAUAAAGCAACUGAACUGAGCUUGUUGGUGACAAAAGGUUUGCUGCCAAAUUUUCCGGGGUCAGUGGAGCAGCACAGCGCUUGCUGAGGGGCUGAGGGGCUAUUGUUGCCCAUGAUGCUUAGGGCUGAAUCUUGUUAUUCCAGCUCAGAUGCACACGAAAGGAGGGAGGAACAGCAAGGCUAACGUGGAAAGCUUCUGUAGAGUGCCCUCUGAAAAAUGAAAGGGUGCUCUUAGGGACACUGCUGUGGGGUUACAGCCACAUUUUAUGUAAAGUUGAUGUGAAUUUCCAAUAUGUGAACAGUGAUAACUUUAUCAUGUCUUCUAUUCCUUGGUAAUGUGCCUCCCAUGGCCUGACCACACACCAGGUAAUGUUAAUAAGGGUAAAACCAUUAAUUUCUCCUUCUGUGCAUCACUAGCUGUAGGUGCA